AUCCUUUCUUGUAUUAAGUUGUUCAUUUGGGUAGUUUAUAUUUAAUACUGCUGAAUAUGUCAACAUUGGUGCUAUCAGACUUCUAUUUAUUAUUACUGUAUUUGUCUCGUCUGAAUAGUAAAAUUAUACUGUUUUUUUCCUUGAUGUUUUCAAUACCCCAAACCAGCUGAUAGUACUUAAUCAUUAACAAAGUUUACCUUUUGCACAUAGAUUGCGGAGAAAGUCUACUGGUAGCUUCCACUACCGUUACCGUGGAAACUCAACAAAGUGUUAAGCUGUGAUCCAGCAUCGCCGAUAUUCCAGUUCAACACGUCAUAUUUAUCAGAACAAAUCCUUCUGAGAACUGUUCAACUCAUUUUAACGGAGCAUUUUCAGCUCGGGCAGUUUCGAACUCUAUAAUAAACAGCAAGUACCUAGUAAUAAUAUCCACCGAAUUGAUAUCACCAAAAGAAACAAAUUACUAUGUCUUACGUCUCGUCUCUCGGGAAUCUAGAGAAAAACUCCGGAAUGCCGGACAGCGAGAAUGAAAACAAGCGACUGAUGGACCGACCUGCUAAGAGAUACAGCAGUCAAGACACAGAGGGACCUGCUAAGAGAUACAGCAGUCAAGAUACGGAGGGAUCUGCUAAGAGAUACAGCAGUCAAGAUACGGAGGGGUUUGAAGGUUACGAAGAGGGGCAUGUUUACAGUUCUCCCUAUGCGCAUCAUCCGCCCUAUGUGCAACACCCUGACGAAAUAAAAGACGCUAUGACAGUUACCUCGCAACCCGGAUCAGCUGCAGGAAGCACGAAAGAGAUAGAGGAGUACCUGGUGCAAUUGGCCCCGUCUGAGAUUGCCAAGUGGACAACAGAUGAAGUGUGUACUCAGUUCCUGGAGAGAAUAGAGUUCGCUUAUCUGAUAGAGAACUUUAAAGUUAACAAUAUAACUGGCAGGGUUUUACUGAUGUUGGAGGAGAGGAAUUUAGUGGAGAUGGGUGUUAAUGUUAUCGGGGACAGACUCAUGAUUCUCAGCUAUCUCAAACUACUCAAAAAGAAGAAGAUAGAAGCAGACAAGAUGGCUACCCUCUGGCAGGGGGAGACCCCUGCACCCGGGCUAGCCUACAGUGAGGACUGUUGCCAGUGCAUGUCCAAGAUGUGCUGCCCGUGCUGCAUCACGCGCAAGUUGUGGCGCAUCACCGGACAGGGUAUAUUCUACCGGAUAGUGCCUCCGUGCAGUAUGUUUACUGAGGUGAGACAAGAAUACAUUGAUUUCCGUUUCUUGAAGGACAUGGAGCUGAGAACCCGGAAUACAUUUGCUUGCUGCUGUAGGACACAUGAGUUUCUUAUGUACGCAGACCAGAAAGGCAAAUCAGGCGGAGAUGACGAUGAACCAAUUGUGGGGAUAGAGGAACCCCACCAACUCCUGCAUCCUGAGGCAGACAAAGUUGAGACCAUCGUCAGAUCAGCGUGGAGCAACGCUAGACUUGUUGCAGAGUAGUGUGAUGGUGAGCUGAUAAUGUACGCUGAGCAGGCUUCUGACGAAGAUACGCCCGAUAGCCGAUCUAUACACCCGGUGCUGCAUCCUGAUGCUGAGAAGGUGGAGACGAUUGUAAGGACAGCUUGGAGUAACGCUCGAUUGGUGGCUGACUAAAGGACUUCCAAAGUCCUGGACUUUGUGGCUGUGAUGUGUCCCACGUUUAGAGGGAUCUUUAAUUUAGUGUUUAAAAUAGAAAUUUAAUGUUUAUAUCUAUUGUGAGAAUAUUAUUCAUUUAUUCCUUCUGAGUUGUAGACUGAUUCUGAAUUACCCUGAUUUCGUUAGUUUUAGGAAAUAUUGUAAGUUUUGUUGAUCAGAUAAUAUAGGUUUGCAAUUCACAUUAUGAUAUUUGGUAGAUAUGAUAUUCUAAACACUUUUAGCAGCUUUUUGAUUGCUCUAAAUGUUCUUAUCCUUAUCAAAUCUUUACUCUCCAUAGUUACCUUAUCUAUUUUUGGGUAAAAUGAAGUGCAAAACAACUUAAUGAGCAACAAAAGUAUAAGUUAAUAAAUAAUUCUACCCGCUCAUUUCACGAAAAUAGCGUAAUUUAACAUGCUUCUCUUUUUGAAUUAUUUUAAAUGAAAAACUUUAUAUAAAUCGUAAAAAGAUUUGUUAUAUUGUGCAUUUCGUGCCUACUCUUGAACAUUCACGACUAAUAUUCCAUAAACAAAGAAUAAUGAAUAUCUUCCAUCAGGAUGCAUCGGUUGAACCUGAAAAUUUGGUGUAUCCAACAUGUGUACAUAUAUAACUGCUUAAUUACAUAAUAUUAUUAGAGUUGAUCUCCAGCUUUGUAUUAUAUUUACUCUAUUGUACUAUAUUUAUUAUUAUACGAUGAAUGAUAAUAUUUACUUUCUGUUGGAUUUUGAGUUAAAUUAUAAA